GAUGGAUCCUCACAGUUAUCGGCUUAUGAAAGGAAAAGACUAAAGAACAUUACGGAAAAUGCUAAAUUCUUUGCUGCUUUAAAGCUGCAUGAGUCAGCUGCAAGACUUCGCCAAAUUGCAACCAAAAGACAGUCUCACGCCACCAAAAGAGCUAAGCCGAGGAAGGCGGAAGAUGAAACGGUGCGGCGAAGGUCGAAGCGCUUACAGAGAGUCGAGCCGUCGGGAGUGCCGAUGCCGGAGACGCCUGCCCAGCCAGAAGCAGAGGAAUAUCCUCAGGUUCCAGCCGGGCCUUUGCCAAUGAUCCCCGAAGAUCAGGUGGGGAACAGCACCUCGACAGAGGACUUGCUGACUACCUGGAUGAGGAUAAGUGAGAUGAAAGCUAACGGCACUGAAAAGCGCACGCCUGACAUGACAAGGUACCAGGACGGCCUGAACAGCAUGGUCCUCAGCGAGGAUAACGUCAGGAAGGUGGUGAAGUUCCGCGUGUGCUCCAUGGCUAUCCAUCCUUCCGAGAGCACCAUCCUUGUGGCAGCCGGAGACAAGUCCGGGCAGAUCGGUCUCUGGAAUGUGGUGAGUUGUCAGUCGGAAGAAGGAGCACGAGCCUUUCUCCCGCACAGCUACCUGGUCAGCUGCAUGCAUUUUUCCCCCUCUAACCCUGCUCACCUGCUGUCUCUGAGCAAUGACUCGCUGCGGUGCGGGGACGUUACGAGAGCUGUCUUUGACGAGAUAUGCAGAAGCGAAGAAAGCUUCUCUUCCUUUGACUUCCUGGAAGAGAACGCCUCCACGGCGGUAGUAGGACACUGGGAUGGCAGCGUCGCUGUGGUGGACAGACGGACCCCGGGGACGUCUUCAGAGCUUCUGGCAGACAUCGGCUUCACGAGAACGAGGACGGUCCACGUUCACCCAGUGAACAAACAGUAUUUCGUGGCUGCUGGCUCCGUGGAUGUCUGUGUUUACGAUGUUCGGUACCUGAAGUCCAAGGGGAACAAGCCUGUGAGCUCCCUCAGGGGACACACGAAAAGCGUGGCUUCCGCGUAUUUCUCGCCUGGGACUGGGAGCAGAGUGGUGACCGUGUGUGCGGACGACAAGCUGAGGGUCUAUGACACCACCUCUCUGUCGUCGACAGCGGCGCUUCUCAGUACCAUCAGGUAG